UCGCUAUUGGCGGCCGGAGGACGGAUCUGCGGGUGAAUGAUUGACCACAAAUUGGGAGAAGAAGAAAAGGAAGAUGCGAAGGAGGAACGUCGCUCUUUCUUGGAGGACUGCGCAGGGAGAAAGGAGCAACCAUGGGGGCAGGAUCCGGGGUCAGAAAUUUCUUCUCCAGAGAUUCGGUUCCGACCAAGAAAGUGCCGGGAAUAUGUGGAACCAAAUACCCGCUGAGUAUUCUGUUCAUCAUCAUCAACGAGUUCUGCGAGAGAUUCUCCUACUAUGGAAUGAAAGCUGUCCUGACACUUUACUUCCUGAACUACUUGGGAUGGGACAGGAACCGCACAACCACCAUCUACCACGCCUUCUCUGGGCUCUGCUACUUCACCCCGAUCCUCGGGGCCCCCAUCGCUGACGCCUGGCUGGGCAGAUUCAACACUAUCUUUUAUCUGUCCAUUUUGUACUUUUUCGGUUUUGUGAUCAAUUUUGUGGGGGCCAUCCCGGAUAUUGGAAGCGGUGAGUUGCACGUGGUUCUGUCUAUGAUUGGUCUGAUUGCCAUCGCCUUCGGGACCGGCGGUAUCAAGCCCUGCGUCACGGCUUUUGGUGGUGACCAGUUCGAUGCAGAACAUGUAAAAGAGAGAGGAAAAUUCUUCUCCAUCUUCUACAUGUCCAUCAACGCCGGCAGUCUCAUCUCCACCUUAGUGACGCCGAUUCUCAGAGGAGGCGUCCAGUGCUUUGGGCAGGAUUGUUACGCUUUGGCGUUUGGCGUUCCGGCCGUUUCGAUGCUUUUUGCUCUGAUUGUGUUUGUCAGCGGGAGCGGGAUGUACAAGAAGUACCCGCCGCAAGGAAACAUCUUAGCCCAAGUCUUCAAGUGUAUCGGAUUUGCCAUCAAGAACCGCUGGAGGCAUCGCGCCAAGCAAUUCCCCAAACGGGGGCACUGGCUGGACUGGGCCUCUGAGAGCUAUUCGAAAAAACUCAUCACAGAAGUGAAAAUGGUGACCAAAGUCCUCUUUUUGUUCAUCCCCUUCCCGAUGUUCUGGGCUCUCUACGACCAGCAGGGAUCGCGAUGGACUCUUCAGGCUACAAGAAUGAACGCCGAUUUCGGUGCAUUUGUCAUGCAGCCGGACCAGAUACAGAUCCUGAACUCACUUCUAAACCUCUUUCUGGUCCCGGUGUUUGAUCUGGGGAUCUACCCUCUUGUCAGGCUUUGCAAGAUCAACUUCCACCCCAUCGCAAAGAUAGCCAUCGGCAUGCUGCUGGCAGCUCUGGCCUUCGCUGUUGCCACCGUUGUGGAGAUCAAAAUUAAUGAGACGAAUCCGCUCGUUCCAAAGCCGGGAGAGGCCACCGUGCAGAUCCUGAACUUUGCAGGACAAGACGCCACCGUCCAGAUUCCGAACAAUUCUCCGUUCACCCGACCGUCACUGAUCGGCGGAGAUUUCCAGGACCCAAAUUACAAGAAGAUUAACGUCACCGGCACUACAAAUGUGAAUGUGGAAAUUGGGACACAAAGCAUUUCCUGCUCAGGCAUUCGUGAGGAUAAAACGUUCUCCUUAUUGGUGGAUAGACACACAGACAGUUCUCUGUAUUGUAGGACGAUCGAAGAUCCCAAUAAGAAGCCAGAGAACGGAUUGGCGGGAGUCAGAUUCAUCAAUUUGCUCCCAGAAACGAUCUACAAUCUCCAUAUUGCUGAUGAAACGAUCAAUGUUACCAACAACAACGUAUCGAAAUAUCUCACCCAGAAAAGAGCUUUCACCAAACUGACCGUGACUUACAACGAACGCGACUACACGAUCGACCUCGAUCUCCUGGACUUUGGUGCGGCAUACACAGCAGUGCUGAGGGAGGUGGAUGACACCAAGAAAGUAAUAAAAGCCUACAAGGUGGAGGACAUCGAUGCAAACAGCGUGCACGUGGCGUGGCAGAUCCCGCAAUACUUCCUGCUGAGCGCCGGAGAGGUCAUGUUCUCAGUCACCGGCUUAGACUUCUCCUAUGUCCAGGCUCCAGCCAGUAUGAAGUCCGUCCUCCAGGCCGGGUGGCUGCUCACUGUGGCUUUUGGCAACGUCAUCGUGCUGAUUGUGGCCCAAGCCGGAUCCAUGGAACAGUGGGCGGAGUUUAUCCUGUUUGCCGCACUCCUGGUCGCUGUCUCCGUCAUCUUCUCCAUCAUGGGAUACUUCUUCGUUCCGGUGGAUCCCAACGACCUGAAAGAAGACGACGACGCCGAUAUGAAGAAGCCAAUCCCCGACUUCUAUGAGACCGGAAUAGACAACGUGGAGGAGAAGAAGACGAAGAUCUAAAAUGUAGAAAACGGAAAAAUACACAAAAUGUCAUAAAAAUUUGUUAUUAAAAACUUCUUUCUAUAAAUCCGCAA